AUGGCGCUCCAAACUCUUGUGCAGACCGCGAGGUCGCUGGACCAGAAUGAUACACGAACAGUCCCCGACAAAUUAUCGCAGGUAUGGGAAGCAUUAUCUGGAUCACCGGCCGGCUCAUUCCAUGCACCAGAGGAGGUCAUACUUCGUUGGCUGUUGAAGAACAUGCAGGGAACCUCAGCGGACUCGGAACUAUGUCGACGGUUCCCCAUGACGUGGGACAUUAUGGCCUGCAUAUUCCAGAGGAUGCCAAUGUUCUCUCUAGCAAAGGUUCUGGCAGAUCGCAAGUUUAUUCAUGUUGUGACGCAGACUGCGAAGGACGUUUCGAAGCCCCAGAAGACACCAGCACCAAAGGAUGAAUCGUCCGACACAGUGAUGGCAGAUGCGCCAGAGGCCAGCGACAGCCCGAAUAAGCGCAAAAGGAAGAGGUCCCCUCUGGUCGCAUUUGACCUAGAUUGUCUGCGGGCGAGAGAAGGCUGCCUUAAGUCGGCCGAAUCACUCUUCACAGCCCUCCAACCGCUCCUGAAACGCGUCGAGUCGAUUGAGCAGGCCUCUCCAGAGCAGAAGAUGGGCGCAGAGCACAUCCGAUCCCUCUUUUUCCUUCCCGCCACCGAGACCUUGGAAUACCUUGUUCCACUGGCACGUUGUUGCGCUUCUGCGUUAGGUGGUCACGAGGCUGGAACUCUGGAGAAGCAAGACACCUGGGUCGCAACUAUCAACUCCAUAUGGGAUCUACACCUUCAGAACCCGGCUGAUCCUGCUCAAGUUGCUAUAAGCAUGGCACCUGUAUCUCUGGUUAUGUUGGCUAAACUCAGAGGUAUUCCAAAAGCCUGGGAUAUCUCAGUCAGUCCUGAAGUCCGAGAUGCAUGGGCAAAGGCACUCGAGCGGUUCCUGAUGCACAACACAAUAUUGCCAGCGCGAACUGGCGUGAUAUCUCGCAAGGACAGUCAGGUUCUCGCAGAUGUUGCGGCUGUAGGGCCAUCUGGGCAAGCUACUACCAUCUCUGCUAUGCUCUUCCAGUUGGCGAUACAGGCUUGCCAGUCGAGUACACAGGCGAGCGCACGCAAGAGCAAUGAGGAAUGGAUCCAAGGGGCUUUCGAUGUCGUCGAGGAGCCCCUUCGCAGCAUUGAUCUCGCCGAGAGGAAUACGGUAGUGGGUUUCAUUCUCGACUUAGCAGCCAAGAGCAGGCAAUCACCAUCGCUCGAAAGUCUGCGGUCGGUUUGCACACGCUAUGCACUUCAAGACGACAGGACCGACUGGAAAUUGAUCUCAGAGAUUGCACAAUGCGACGCUGAUGCCUUCUUAGUCUCUUCCAAGGGCGCUGAUCUUCUGGAUACGGUUUUACAGCGAGUACAGAAUGCGGCAAAUGAAGAACAAGAACCAAUAGCAGACUUUCUAGUGGCUCUGGCGAAUGGAUUCGCCAGAUCCCGAGACCUCUCAGGAUUCAUCAAGAGAUGGUACUCGAACUUGAGUCACCACAAGUCCGAAGGAUCGAAGACUUCCUCUGGCAGCCACAUUUGGCUCCAUGGCAAAUUAAGAAGCGCCGUGGCCAGCCUCUUGCAGCCUUCCCUGACAGUCCAACAGCUGCUAUCUCUUGUGGACUGGAUCGAGUCUCAAGAAGCGUCCUCGACGGAGACGGUCAGAUUGGUACUUUUCGACACCGUGGCUUGUGGCGUCGAGAGUGAAGACUUUGUUGAUGCAGUCGGGACGAGACUUUUUGACACCACUUUUGAAGCAACAAAAGGUGUAAAGAAACGCGAACUUCAAGCCAUGCGAUGGCGUGUUGCAAGGAAGGCGCUUUCUUGGAUCGACACAGGAGAUGCACGCCGGGUUUGGAAAGACAUCAAGAAACCCUUGAAAAAGGCCCUGACAAACUCGGAUAUCGCGGAAUUUGAGACCUUCGAGGCUUUUCGUUGCGCCCUUGUAGCAUUCGACGCACUCAAGUAUGUUGAGAAGGACGAAGCUGAUGCCAAGAAGGUGGUUUCGGAAUUCCUUGCUCGAUUUGGCGGCGAAUUGACGGCUUGGAUAUCGCAAGACAAAGAUCAACGCGUUCCAUCUACUGCUGAGGAGCUAGAAGCACUAUCCUAUCAGGGUGCUGCUAGUUUAUCUCCAGGCGUAUACUUGCUGGCGACUGUGCAUGGGUCGCCCAAUCUUUUGAGUUCCAUCACGAGAGGCGAUAAGGAGAGCAGCGGCUUGCUCGGCUCAUUCUUCACCAUCAUUGAGCAGCACAAUGCUUCGCAAGACUACGACGAGCGAUUUGCAUCCCAGAUGUUGGAACUGAUGCUUACCAAACUGGAAGUCGAACACAAUCAGGGAAUCAUAGAACGUGCCGUAAAUGUCUUCAUUGCUUCCCUGGACGCUGGCAAAAAUCAAGGUCUUAAGUCAAAGAAGACCGUGUCUUCUGUGGACUUGUUAUUGGGACUGCCGUCGCACAUGAUACUGCGAGGAUCACGAGAACUUAUCAUGAGUUCUCUACUGGCUCUCGUCGACUCAUCGGCAAAGGAGACUGAGAGCGAGGCCACCCCGUCAGACUGGAGAUCGAUCCUGAGCCUGAUGGUUCGUGUAAUGAGGGAUCCCACAUUUUACGAGGGCAUGAAAUUCAAGGAUCUGGUCAGCCUAGGCGAAAUUCUUGAAGAUUCAUUGCCCAGGUCUCCUCUUUUGGAUUCACUGAAGAUCCUCGCUCUGUUCAAGGAGCUGGUCAAACUUACGAUUAGGCAAAUGCUCACAACUGUGAACGACCGUGAAGCUGAAUACUUCCGCGGCCUCGCCAAAGCAACAUCGAAAUGGAGCAAGAAAUCUUCGUCGUCUCCAUUGUCACGAAGCACCAUUCUGAACGGUAUUUACUCCGCUAUCCUCGAAGUGCCGGCAUCACGAAGCAUGAUUCAGGAGCACAUCGACGUCGAAAGAAUCAAAGAGCAAUCGGCAACUUUGGUAUCGGAUGCUUUGCAUCGUUUCAAGAAGUCGUUGAAGAAGGGGGACGUGAUCCGCGAAGAGGACGCACAGUUGCUACCAGUCUUCAUUGCACUAGAGCACUCUCAACCACGUAAUGACUUGAUUCAACAAUCGCGCGUGAGCGAUGAUGUUACAGAUCUUGAGGCGGCAAGCCGCAGACUAUGUGCCAAGGGCCUCAAGAUUGGUUGGAUACUCAGGACGUUCCUCGACUCUUACUUCCCUCAGCAAGUUGGUCAAGCUGGGGCGACUGAUCCCAGUCAUCUAUUUGAGUCUCAUGCUGCUAUUGGCGGCACAGACUUAUCUCUAUUUUACGCACCUAUGGAUCUCUUGUGCCAGUCCGUGGGUGCUGUCACGAACGGCAUGGACGGUAAAUCCAAGUUGGAAUAUCUCCAGCAAUUGAUGAGCGACACGAAGGAUGGAGGCCACGGCAUUGGAGAACUGGUAGCCGCCGGUCAAGUAAUUGAACAAGUGGCUGGGGAGGCAAACGAAACAUUUGACCUCGCUUUGGCGCAGAGCAUACUCACUCAGCAUCUUCAACAUACUCACUCCCCAGUCGAGUCGAGCAUGCUCAUCGAGAUGAUCUGCAAAAUUCUCAACAAAGGUUCCUCGUCCACGACACAAUGGAACAUCGACUACCUGCUCAACACCGUAUGUGCAGUAUCUGACCAGCGGGCCAAAGCUAAGGGAGCGACGGGCCUCUCACCCGCCAUCCACAGUGGUCUUUGCAGCCUCGUUGAGACGAUUAUCAAGCGCCACAGGCUGCGCUUGGAGGGCCAUUUCCACCUGCUCGUCGCAACAUUACAAUCGCUCCUGCAGUCCUUGAUCAUUGGCUCUAACACAACAAGUCGAGCACCGGACGGCGCCAUAGACGGGACCCCUGGCUCGCCAACGUGGCAGCAGAGUGCUCGCCAGGUCUCGCGGCUGCUGGAGCUCGUCUGCGAGCCGACGGUGGCGUCCGUGACGAGGUCGCAGAAGCCGAAGCUGGACUCGGCGACCGACGCCGCGAAGCGGUCCGCCGGCCAGUACAUGUACCUGGUCCUCAUGCUCUACAUCAAGCUGCAGCUGGAGCAGAACGUGCCGCACCAGCUGCGCGAGGCGCUCGAGCCGGGCUUCUUCUCGAUACUGACCGUCACGGCGGAGAGCAGCCGCAAGGUCAUGAACGACGCCAUGGACGCGAGCGGCAGGGCCAUCUUCAGGGAGACGUACAGGAAGUGGCAGAGGUUUGGGAAGUGGAAGGGCAUCUAA